AAGCUGCAACCCUAUUAAGACGCCGGAGAGGGUAUAAAGAAAAAAGAAAACGAGCCGCUUCACUCUUGGACCGAAAAAACACACAGGCAGCGAGAAAAAUAUUAUAAACAUAUUACAGGUGCUGACGAAACGUGUCUGGCUUCUGAGUCUGCGUCGGUCGUACAUCAAAACGAGAAAACAACGAGAACAAAAUGUCGGACAUCUCCAGCACUCAGCUGAGGAGCGAAAUUCAGUCUGUGCUCAAGGAUGCGGAUCUAUCGACCAUUUCGGCCAAGAGGGUGCGAGAGCAGGUGGAAAGCAAAUUGAAUUGCUCGCUGCUGAGCCGUAAGAAGGAGUUCGACAAGAUUGUGAUGGAGGUUAUCAACGAACAGCAGGAGGAGGAGGACGAUGACGAUGAGGACGAUGGCAAGGAUCCCGAUGCUGAGCCGCAGGACGAUAGCGACCCCAGCGAGGAGGACGAGGUAGCCAGCAGCAGCGAGGAGGAGAAAAAGAAGAAGCCGGCACCCAAGAAACGGCCACAGCCGACCAAGCACAAGUUGUCCGCCAAGAAGAAGCGCAAGAGCCUCAAUGCCGAUGAUUCGGGCACCGAAAGCGAUGCCGGCUCCGAUUCCGACUACGAGGUGGUCAAGAAGCCAGCGCCCAAAAAGAAGGCGGCCAAAUCCGCUGGCAGCGGCUCCGGCACUGGACGCAAGAGCACAGGUUUCACACGAGCCUACAAUCUGUCGCCGGAACUGUCCGCUCUCAUGGGCGCCGACUCGUUGCCGCGUCACGAGGUGGUCAAGAAGGUGUGGGCCAUCAUCAAGGAGCGCGAUUUGUACGAUCCGAAGAACAAGCAGUUCGCCAUAUGCGACGAUGAGCUAAUGAAGGUCAUGAAGGUGAAACGCUUCCGCACCUUCGGCAUGCUCAAGCACCUGAAGCCGCACUUCCUUGACUAAGCUGCUCUCUGCAGCCACAUGCCCAGUCCCAUCCAGAUGCAAUUGGUCAACAAGCACCAACAACAACAACAACAACAGGCACACGCACACACACAUACAACCACGAGCACACACCCACACACACACACACAUAUAUAAGCAAACGCAUAUACACAUCGCUUAACAUUUAGUUUAGUCCCUUUGAUUCCUUUGAAUGCAAAUUUUCGGCUCUGCGACAUUUGUUUGUUCCAUUUAUCGCUGUUUUUUUUUUUUAAGGAUUAUUUGCACGCGGUGUAGACGACGUCGUCGAUGACUUAUUUUGGGCUCGGCCAAGGGGUCCACCCCACCAAUAUGUUAGGAUUAAACCUAAUUAAGACGAAUCUACAAUACUUUCAUGUAGUCUACGGCAUUUUAAGUAACGAAAUAACAAAA